AUGACAGACAGGAGACCAACGGCCAUGGAUAAGGCUAAAAAGCAAUGGGAAGUCAUGGCACUGAAUGCACUUCUGAUCUUCUUCAUGAAUUUCGCAAUAUUCUUAUCGGUGCCACCUCAGAUCAAAAUCUUUGAGGACAUCAUAUGCCGCAAAAUACAUUUGGACAACGCGUUGAAUCUGCAUCCAGGAGACGACGAUUCAUGUCGAGGUGCCCUGGUUCAGACUGAGCUCGCUCGCAUAAAUGGAUGGAAAACAACAUUCGAGGCGCUUCCGAGUAUAUGGUCAGACGUCUUGCCGCUGCGUCUUGUCUGGUUAUCAGGUCUGUUGCGGUCCAUUGGGGGUGGGGAGCCCGUGAUCGAUUCCAUCAUGGCUGUGAUGGUGAUGGAUGUCUUCGAAGAACGCGAUCGCGACACUGUUACGUUGCUGACAUUACUCAUCCUCAGCGCGGUGGCCCUGCUCCGCUUACAUUCAGUGUUUAUUGUCGCCAAAAUACUUGCCGCACCUACCAGUGCAGCCGUAGUGGCAUUGGGAUCUCCCUGGACUCCAUUCAUGCUCAGUCUUGUGAUUCUAUCCGCUGCCCAGGUCCUAUCAUUUUUGCUCCCCGAAACUCUCGGCUAUGCAGAACCGCAAGAACCCGAUGAUAACAGGACUCGGAGAAGUAUCACGGAAAAGAAGGGCAAUUUAAUACAAAAGUUUGCCCUCUCUGCAAAAUUCGUUGUUCAGAACCCAAACAUGGUACCAAUCAUAAUUGUGAAUUUGGUUGCUAGUAUCACGAAAUCCUCGAGCAACUUUUUGCUACAGUACUCCUCUACGAGAUAUGGAUGGUCUUACUCACUGUCAAGCUUGGUCCUCAUGAUCCGUGAGGCCUCGAGUCUGAUAACUUAUCUCGUUCUGACCCCGGCAGCCUCAGCUGCUAUCCGGCGGAUUGGUCGCGGCAGCGUCACAGCCCAAGACAAACGACUUUGCCAGGCCGGUGGUCUCCUCAAUGUCUUCGGAUAUUUCUCCAUUGCUACUGCGGCAACUCCAGUUUUAUUUAUGCUGGCAUUGGCGUUCUUAUCAUUGGGAUCCGGGUUUGACACAGUGGUGACCAGUUUCGCAACCUCCCUGGUGCAGCCGCAUCAGAUUGUAUCGCUACAUUUAGUGGCAGCGACGGCCAAAUCAAUUGGUGGGCUUGUUGGCGGUCCGUUGUUUGCCCGGUUAAUGCAGGUUGGAUUUGAGCUAGGAUCAGGCUGGCUGGGUAUGCCAUACAUUGCGGCAGGACUAUUCUUUUUCGCGGUUUUGUUGGCGCUGUCCUCCAUUCGGAUACAGUCACGCAAUUUGGACGAAACCGAGCAGCCUUUGUUGCCAACAGAUGUUUAG